AUGGGCAUCGCCACGCUGCUAGUUCUCCUUGGCCUCCUCUCCUCGGGGGUGUGCUUGCAAAACGGAGACGCGGAGCACAUCACGGCCAUACUCGGAGAGUCCGUCAUACUCAACUGCGCGGUGUCGCACCCCAAGAUUCCCUACAUUAUUCAUUGGAAGAGACAGCACCACAAGAUUCCCAUCUACAUCUGGUAUGAGGGUUAUGACCCCCACGUGGAGGACACGUACAAGGGGCGCGCGUCCAGGGUGUCGCAGGACACCACGUACGGCCUGGCCUCCCUCAACCUGACCAACGUCAGGGAGGACGACCAGGGCUGGUACGAGUGCAAGGUCUUCUACCUGGACCGGACUGGAUCCCCCGACAACGGAACGUGGAUUCACUUAGAUGUUCAUGCUCCACCUCGGUUUACAACAACACCAGAUGAUGUUACUUACGUUAAUAUUGGUAACUCCAUCAUCCUUAACUGUGAGGCGGAGGGAACCCCCAAGCCAGAGAUAUUCUGGUUCAGAGAUGAUGAGCCUGUAGUACCCGCUGACAGUGUUGGCAUCUUUAAUGAUGGCACAGAGCUUCGAAUCAACAAGAUCAGAGACCAAGAUAUUGGUGACUAUGUCUGUGUAGCACGUAAUGCUGAAGGGCGAGUGCAUCAUGAAGCCAAAGUUGUUAUUGCUGGUGGGGCCGUAAUUGUUACUCCACCGCAGAACCAAACGCGUCAAGAGGGAGAAAAGGUCGAGUUUCCCUGCGAAGCAAAAGCUUUGCCAGGCAAUGUAACAGUCAUUUGGAAGAGGGAAGGUGUAGCCAUUGACAAGCUUUCUUGGCUUGACAUCCGUGCAAUCGUCAGGAAAGAUGGGGCUCUUGUGAUCAAUCCUACCAGUGCAGAUGAUGGUGGGUUCUUCACAUGUGAGGUGUCCAACGGCAUCGGGACACCUCAACGUGCCACGGCUUACCUCAAUGUAGAAUAUCCAGCACGAGUAACUUAUACUCCAACUGUGCAGUAUCUCCCCUUCAGGCAGCAGGGAAUUAUCAAGUGCUUUAUUAAAAGCAACCCUCCCAUUCAGUUUGUUACCUGGAUAAAAGACAAGCGUCUCUUUGAUGCAGAAAAAGAAAAUACUGUAGUCAAACUUAAUAAUGGCUCUCUGCUUAUAACUAAGGUCAAUCAGUCUCAUCAGGGACGCUAUAGUUGCACCCCUUACAACCGCCACACCACAGCCGGUUCCUCUGGUGAUAUGGAGGUUAUAGUUCGUGAUCCACCAGUAUUUUCGCCUCGACCCCAGCUUCAGUAUCACGGACAGGUAGGAGAGGAAGUGACUCUCGUAUGCGGAGGUCAAGGCUCUCCAACUCCAGAAGUUACUUGGAAAAGGCGUGAUAACCAAAAUCUGCCAAGGGAUCGUACUGACAUUGUGGGAGGAAAUCUUACCAUCCGUUCUCUCCGAAAAAGUGAUCAUGCAUAUUAUGAGUGCAUGGUUAGCAAUGAAAUUGCAACUUUGGUAACAGCAACACAGCUACUGGUGGAAGGCACAACACCUCAUCCACCAUACAACAUCACAAGUGAAACAGAUCCAUUUAGUGUGAAAUUAUCUUGGUUACCUGGCUAUCCUGGGGGCAAAGACUGGGAGCAGCAAUAUACUAUAUGGUACCGAGCAUUAGGUUUUCGAACUUGGUCUCAAAUAGAUGUAAAGCCGGCUGGAAGCACCAGUAUAACUAUACAUAAUCUAUCCCCUGGCCAUACCUAUGAGUUCCAGGUUCAGGGCAAAAAUAUGCUGGGGGAUGGCAUGUUCUCUGAUGUAGUAACAGCCACCACUGAAGCUUUAGGAGGACAACCAUCUGACCCUCCAAUCGACAAUCACCACGUGACGCCUACUCCAGAUAAACCCGUAUACGAUUAUAGCAUGAUAGUGUUCCCAACGGAUUCUUCUGGAUCGACCUAUAUUCCAACAAUAUUGAAUCCGACAGGAUUGCUUCCGCUAGGCCCAAAGCCGGAUCCACCGCGGAAUGUGACGGUCAGGAGGGUACUAGAUGAGUACCUAAUCAGCUGGAUACCACCCACCGACAAUUCAGUUCCUCCAGCCUACUAUGGCAUCGAAUAUCGAACGGAUGGGACAUGGAAGAAGCUCAAUGAUGAUCACAUUAUAGGUGCAACAUCGUACACAAUGAAGAAACUAAAAUCUGGAAAGAAAUACUACUUUCGGGUGUUUGCCAACACCCUCACGUCUUUUGCUUACUCAGAAGAAACAAUGUUUGUUGUUCCUGUUCAAAAUAAGGAAAAGGCUAUAACUGCAGCCAUAGUUGGUGGUAUUUUGUUCUUCAUUGUUGCCAUCAUCCUCUCAGUCUGCACAGUCAAGAUCUGCAACAAGAGGAAGAGGAGGAAGCAGGAAAAAGCCUAUAACAUGGUUGACUGUCGGGUCACCGAGUCCAGAAAUGGCGGUCAUGGGUCCAGUCCUGUGCCUUUGAAAAAGUUACUACGGUGCGGAAUACCAUGUUUAAGGUGGGAGUGGGCUUGGGUGGCAGGUGUGCUGCUUGGGGGCCGCUUACUAGACUCCACGGACAGCAGGCCUCUGGACUCCAGUCCUGCACCUCAAGACAUCAGUAGUGGGGGGCAAGACACAGCAGCAGGUUCCUCAGGUGAUGAUUACAGAGACUACGGUGUGCAUCGGGGAAGACCAUUCCCUCGAGAUGUGUACUAUAGCGUAAAGCUUGAGUACACUCAGCCACUCAGUAAGAUAUCCCGCACCACUGAUGGACGCUUCGUAUUAGACCAGGAUAGUGAAGAGGGGGGGUUUACCUCUCCAAGGCGACCAGUACGUAGUGUAUCAGGAAAACAGACAAGUGAAGAACAAGAUCAACCUGGCCCCAGGUGGGUUGGAGAUGUGGGUGUGGAAAGUGGUGUUUAUCAUGUGCGUGCUGGAACAGCGAGUCGUCUUCACCACCGUCAGCCCCUUCCUCCGCGUCUUAGUCUUCGAUCUGAUGGUUCUGGUGCCAGUACACACGAGGAACCACGUGUGGUAAGCACUCAAGCAUUUCGGUCUAGUGGAAGAUUGGAAGCAGCAACAACUUCUGUAUCUCUUGCAUCACCAGAAUUUGGUAAACAUGUCAUUCCAGAGAGUCCAGGAGACACUCUGUGGUCUCCACGAUCAAGACGUUUCAGAGCAUCUUCCCCAGGUCCACUAAGCUCUGAGUGGAACCAGUUAGCACAGUUAGCUUCAUUCAGUGAGGUGAGCAGUGUGCAACAACCAUCAAGUGUGGAACGAUCAUUUCCUUCAACUGUUCUUUCCUCUUUCCCUGAUUCAGCACAAGGAACACCAUCUGCACAUGGUGUCUCAUCAGCCAUUUCUCCUCCCAACGAGGAAGAUGCUCUUCGGGUACUUCACCAGCGCUAUGCCCGACAGCUGCCACCUCUAUCUACCUCCCAGUUACACUCGGGACGACUUCUAGUGGGAGCACAAGUUCACUCCCCUCCAUCACACCUUCACCCACAGCUACAGGCUUGGGCACCACCACCACAUACUCCAGCCUGGACCACUCCUCGACGUCCCACUCGAGUAUGGCCCACAACCCGCCCAGUGAGUCAUCCUACACAUCCACCUGGCCGACCAGAGCUGACAGUGUUGGAGUCUGGCCAGCAUGUGCACUCACCUCCUCUGGUAAGAGCUGGCCAAGUGGUGCGGGAGGCACUAGGUCAUAUCCAGCCUCCACGCAUACCAGACAUACCACGCCACUAUGUAAACCUUCCUCCGAGACGCGACGCUUAUCAACGAAUACCGGGGCGGGACCCCCCCUAUUUGCUCAAACCUUCCUCCUCGGAGAAUCAAAAGCCGCUGGCCACAAGCUCGCCCCCCCGCCCGCGUGCAAUUCAGGGCCGGCAUCGGGCCCAGGGGUUACCCAGGCCACGACCGCUGCCUCCCCCACCCCCUACCAGUACAAAGACCAGAGUACCUGACCCCUUGCCCAGAGCAGUGGGCAGGACACGAGAUAGUGACUCCAGUAGUGAUCAGCCAGUAACAUACACCCGUGAACGGUUGCAGGAGACCAUUGGGCGGGUACGUAGUGGCCUCUUCGGACCUGCACCACGCACCAACAGUGCCCCAGAGCUAAGUUCUGCAGGACGUUCUGAAAUUAGACAUACCUCUGGCCGUCGUUCUAGCAGGCCUUUAGGCAUUGCCCCUGAAAGCCAUGAACAGUCACAUGAACAGUCUCAGGAGCAGUCUCCAGACUCAUCUAGUGGAUUUGGUAGUAAAAAUACAUCCCAGCAGCAAAGCUCAUCACAGUCAGGACAGUCAUUGUCAGCAUUAGGGCUUGAUUCAUCUCGUCUAGAGGCUUCCGAGGUCACCGAGACAGCAGAAGCUACUGAUAUAUCACCACAAGCCCCACCUUCAUGGCUCUUGGCAGCUCCUCGAAGUCGUCCUGUACCACUGGUUCGACCACGACAACCACCGCCAUAUGAGGAGUGGGCUGCACGGCAGGUUUUGCCUCAGUUCCGAAUGCCUGCUAUAAUAGGACCUCGGCUGUCAAGCAUAAAAACAGGUAUGAUAGGAAGACGACAGAGAUUAGGGUCUUCCGGGUUAGAUGCCAGUGUAGACUCAGGCACCUCAGUCCGAGUUUCUCCACGCCCUCCACCAAUCACCAUACCUGUCUCUCCACAGCAGCCACUAGAUGUUAGUGUGGAUGACCAUUAUGAGUUUGAUACGGUGCUUAGUCCAACACCUGGGGAGGAUGCCGCAGCAGAGUGGUCAAGGACCCGUAUUCCAUCAGGCGAGCGUGGCCUCAGCGACUCUGAGAUCUACGGGUCAGGUGGGCGGCGGCGCCAUGAGUCAAUGGAGGCACGGGUUGCUGCCAUGAAGCAGGAAUUUAAUGAAUACAGAAGAAAACAAGCACGUCGCCGACGCAGCCGUGAGCUUGAAAGUGUGUGCUAGUAGGAACUGAAAAUUGGAGA